UCGAAUCAUUUACUAGAUUUAUUGUGCUGACGAAUGUCUAAAUAAAGUUACACUCGAAAUUAAAACCAUGCCAAAUCUUAAGCCAACAACACGAAUUGAUGUAAUUGGAAAGCUCGACUUGAGUCCCGAAAAGGAACCAGGGUUUUAUUUAGAAUCUAAACAGCAGAAGAAAUUUCUGAUAAAACCUCCAAAUUGGGAUACAGUUGGAGGAGAUAGCAUCGAGCUUCUAGCCAUUCAAAAUGAGCGAGAAUAUCAAUCUAUGAUUAAACUUCAACAGGAAAUGCUAGAACAUGCAAAAGUUCAAGGCAAAUUAAAUAGCAAGAGAGUUGAAGAAAUUUACGAAAUGCAAAUGAACUUACGAAAACGUUUCACCGAAGUGAAUGACUUUAUGAAAGAAUGUGAAGAGAAGAAACGAAUUGCUGAAGAAAAAAUCAUCGAAGAACAGGAAAAACAACUCGAGAUGAAAGGUAAAAUUGAAGAAUUCCAAAAGGAAAUUGCAGUUUUGACAGAAUUUCGUGAUAUUAUGUCGGAAACGGUUGAACGUUUUGAACCAUAUGAGGAAAUCAUAAAAGAAGUAAUUGACAAAACAGAGGCAUGGAGUUCGGUGAAGGAUUGCACUGAUAGGUGUGAUGCAUUAAUGCUUGCUCAAAAAGAAAUAGCUGAAAUGGAGAAGGAAAAAUACAAGGAUAUCGAAUCAAAGAGGGCCGAAAUGGCUAAAAUUGCAAGUGAAGCAGCUUUGAAAACUCUCGGUUUUAUGAAUGAAUUGACACAAAUGGAAAAAGAAUACAAAUCAGCUCGUUCGGAUUGUUUGAAAUGGGAAAAAGUUCUCGCUGACGUUAAAGAUUCAAUUGCUGAAGAUGAAUUGACGAAGAAGAGAAUGUUCGAUGGAAUUCACUUAAUGUAUCGUGAUCUUUGCAAACGACGAGGGAUAAAUCCAUAUCAUAAGAAACUCAAUAUUGAAAAACAAUUGGAUUUCAUAAGGGACGAAAUUGAGAUAUUACAAAAAGUCGUUAAUGGGUGCAGACAAAAAUAAACAAAUAUUCACCUAAGCA